AUGACUACGAACGUUCCAAGAGUGUAUGCCUUCCAUGAAUUGAAGGAUGUUGCUGGUGCCGUGGCUGAUUAUGUCGUACAUGCUCAGACGGCAGCUUUGAAUAAAGACGUUAAUUUGACAAACCAGAUCCUAACCAGAGAUAAUUCUGGAAAGAAUAUAACAGAGGUGAAUGGUAAUCUUUCAGGCAGUUCGUCAGUUUUAUCAAAUACUCCAGAAUCAAGUGGGAAAUAUACGCACAAGCGAAAUCAUUCGAGGCAUAGAUCUAAGAAGCUUUCCGUAGAGCCCAGGUUCAAGAUAGCAUUGUCUGGUGGUUCUUUGGUACAAGUACUACAUGAUGGGCUAUUGACUAGGACAGAUAUUCAGUGGGGGAAAUGGGAUAUUUUCUUCGCUGAUGAGAGACUGGUACCUUUUGAAUCAGAAGAAAGUAAUUUUGGUCAAGUUAAAAGAAAAAUUUUGGACCACAUUGAUAUUGCCAAAUAUGGGAAACCAAAUGUGUACCAUAUAAAUGAGACACUAAUAGGGAGCCCACAGGAAUGUGCUGAUAACUACGAAAAGCAACUAAUUAAAAAUUUUGCCAGGAGAGAUUCUGUUAAAUUACCCAUGUUUGACCUUUUCCUAUUAGGAUGUGCUCCUGAUGGACAUAUUGCAUCAUUAUUUCCAAAUUUUCAAGAUAAUCUAAGAGAAAAAUAUGCCUGGUGUAUAGCAGUGGAGAAUGCCCCAUCUGGUCCAUCGAGUAGAAUCUCCUUAACCGUACCUGUGAUUUGCCAUUCACAUAGACUAGCAUUCGUUGUAGAAGGUUCUACAAAAGCUCCUAUCCUAAAAACCAUUAUGGAGAGACCGGAGAAGGGGCUACCAAGUAGUAUUGUUAACGAAGGUGCUGCUGGUCGUGUAUCUUGGUUUGUUGAUGAUGAUGCAUUGAAUGAUGUCUUCAUAACGAAGAAAAAAUAUAAAUACCGUCAUCCAGUACCAGCUAUGAAUGAAUAA